AUGUCAGAAAAGAUGCAAAUGAAGUACCAACGAACAAAGCCAGUGGAGUUUUUAGUACAGCAACUGGAAAAACUGAAGAGUGCCAGACAGACUAAGAAGGACUAUCCUUCCUUGUUUGAUGAGUCAAAUUUAGAUGCUGUGUUUGGAAUUUUGGAUCCUACAAAGCAAGGACAUAUUACUUUGAGGCAGUAUAGAGAAGCUUUGAAAACUCUAGGAAUAAAGGAUUUUGAAAUGGACCCAAUGGGUGCCGAAAAUGAUAAAAUCACUCUGGCAACAUUCCAAAGAGUGGCAAGGAACUGUUCCUUACGUUUAAUAUCAGCCAGGAAUUCUGCAAACCGAAACGCAAAAGGUUUUCAAGCUAUGGAUUUUUCUACGAGUACAAAAAAAUUACUGACUCUUCUCCCAAAAAUUGACCUCCAUGGAUAAGUCGAGCCAUGGAUCUCGAGACCAGAACAGAACCAUCUAGAUCAUUGCAGAUGAGCCAGAGUCCUUGCUGCCAUUGAAUGGCAUAGGCAAAGACCCCAGAGCCCAUGCAUGUACCCUCUGUACCUCUGUCAAUUGGAAUGGCAACUUUCAUUUUGCACCAAGUAUAGUUCCUAAAACACCUGUACUAUGACGUAGGUGGGAUAUUGAAGAAAGAAUUCUCUCAACAGUCCUCCAGCUCGAAAGUAUAUAAUCUGUGCCCACAUAUUCUGUACGUUCAUACUUUUAUUCUCCAUAAUUUCCAGGGGCAGAAAACUCAUACUUCCUGUUCCCUAGCAGGUGUAACUGCAGAGUGGUCUGGAGAUCACGAAUCGUCAAAGGGAAAAUGUUCUCGGCUCUAAGACAAACUCAGUGUUUGUCAAGACGCUGGCUGUCACUGCUGGGCUCAGACAUAUUCUGUGACAGUUCAUUCCAUGGCAGAGGAUGUACCCAUUUCCUUAAUGCAGACAAUCAUCUUGAACCUAAAUCUGCACUUUCUCCUGUUAAACUGAGUGCUGUCAAAGGCAAGCUCUCUUGCAAAUGAUUAUAGUUUUUAAUUGUGCAUUCACCUAAAUCCCUUGAUGCUUUUUUAACAGCAUUUUGUUUUACCAAUUUCUCAAUUUUUAACGUGCCACAUUUGACUUUAUUGUGUUUGCAGCCAUUAACCAUUUCUCCCUCUUUUGUCACCAUUUGUAGCUUGCUUUAGCUGCCUCUUAUGCUCUUAUGCAAGAAGAUGACUGACAAAGGGAUCUACAAGUAGCAAGCCCUAUCCACAAUUAUAUCUUGGAUAAUGGAGUUGUACAGCAGGCUAGGAUGGGGGUUGUGAUGUUGUUUUCCCUUUUUGUAUUUUUUAC